GCGGCGCGCUCGGACCUCGUGUGCUCGGGAUGGCCGGCUAUCUGCGGGCCGUGAGCUCGCUCUGCAGAGCCUCGGGCUCAACACGGACCUGGGCACCGGCUGCACUGAAUGUCCCCAGCUGGCCGGAGCAGCCGCGGCGCCACUAUGCUGAGAAGAGAAUCAAGGUGGAGAAGCCGGUGGUGGAGAUGGAUGGCGAUGAGAUGACCCGGAUCAUCUGGCAGUUCAUCAAGGAGAAGCUCAUCCUGCCUCACGUGGAUGUCCAGCUCAAGUAUUUUGACCUUGGGCUUCCAAACCGUGACCAGACCAAUGACCAGGUCACCAUCGACUCUGCGCUGGCCACUCAGAAGUACAGUGUGGCUGUUAAGUGUGCUACAAUCACCCCCGAUGAGGCCCGUGUGGAAGAGUUCAAGCUGAAGAAAAUGUGGAAGAGCCCUAACGGAACUAUCCGUAACAUCCUUGGGGGAACGGUCUUCAGAGAGCCAAUUAUCUGCAAAAAUAUCCCCCGCCUUGUCCCUGGCUGGACCAAGCCCAUCACCAUUGGCAGACACGCCCAUGGCGACCAGUACAAGGCCACAGAUUUUGUGGUAGAUCGAGCUGGCAUGUUCAAGUUGGUCUUCACCCCAAAGGAUGGCAGUGGUGCCAAGGAGUGGGAGGUGUAUAACUUCCCUGCCGGAGGCGUUGGUAUGGGGAUGUACAACACCGACGAGUCCAUUUCGGGCUUCGCGCACAGCUGCUUCCAGUACUCUAUCCAGAAGAAAUGGCCGCUCUACUUGAGCACCAAGAACACCAUUAUGAAGGCCUAUGACGGGCGUUUCAAGGACAUCUUCCAGGAGAUCUUUGACAAGCACUAUAAGACUGACUUUGACAAGAAUAAGAUCUGGUACGAGCAUCGGCUCAUUGACGACAUGGUGGCUCAGGUGCUCAAGUCUUCCGGUGGCUUUGUGUGGGCCUGCAAGAACUAUGACGGAGAUGUACAGUCUGACAUCCUGGCUCAAGGAUUUGGCUCCCUUGGCCUGAUGACAUCUGUGCUGGUCUGCCCUGACGGGAAGACCAUUGAAGCUGAGGCUGCUCACGGGACAGUCACCCGCCACUACCGAGAACACCAGAAGGGCCGGCCCACCAGUACCAACCCUAUUGCCAGCAUCUUUGCCUGGACACGGGGUCUGGAGCAUCGAGGGAAGCUGGAUGGGAACCAGGACCUCAUCAGGUUUGCACAGACUCUGGAGAAGGUGUGCGUGCAGACUGUGGAGAGCGGAGCUAUGACCAAGGACCUGGCUGGCUGCAUCCAUGGCCUCAGCAAUGUGAAGCUGAAUGAGCACUUCCUGAACACCACAGACUUCCUGGACACCAUUAAGAGCAACCUGGACAGAGCUCUGGGCAAGCAGUAGGGGUGGACACUACACUACCCAGCUCCAGUGGGUGCUCCGUACAUGGUAGAGGGUGGGCGUUGUAGCCCCCCUCUCUGGUGGCCUUUCUAGGGGAUUAUUUUUUUACAUAUAUAUAUAUAUGAUGGAGAUGUUUUUUAAAGCAUGUGAGCAAUUUCCCUCACAGUGGACACGAGGCAGGAACGGUGCGCUUUACCUCAGCCAGUCAGUGUGUUUUGCAUACUGUAAUUUAUAUUGCCCUGAGUCACGUGGUGCCAUAUUUAGCUACUAAAAAGCUCUUCACAAAA